AUGGAAAGUGGCGAUGGCGAUUGCGACGAGUCGCGGACAGACACGGUACUGUCCUACACGUUCCUCGUCAACGGGGUGCUCACGACCAACGUUGCUGGCGACCCCGACAACCCGGUCUACGUGUACCAGCCGAUCACAUCCGCUGUGUUUGUCGAGGUGGAAAUCUCGUCUCCGUCGGCACAUUCCCACGGACACGAGCAGACUUUCCACGUCCGAGCUUCAUCGUGGGUGGCAAAGGCCGAGCUGAACUAUGACUUCUUCGAAAAACAGGGGGCGCAGUUGUCAAAGCUCAAGGAAAACGGCGAGGCAAUGCUGAGCAAGGAGGACCAGACGAUACUGCCAGAAAUUCAGACGCAUCUAUCUGGGGUAAUAAUGCGUCACGACGGGCUUGCUGUUUGA